AUGGAGGUGGAGAUGAGCUCAUACACUCUCUACUUCCUCUCUUUCGUCACACUGCUUUUGAUUCUCGUGUCCCUAGUUAGUCGCAAAUCCACACGAAUCAGUUCCUCCAACAAUCUGAGGCGGCCUCCCGGUCCAUGGGGUCUGCCGUUCGUUGGGAGCCUCCACCACCUCAUCACGUCCCAGCCACAGCUCGCCCUCUGGAACCUGGCCAAGAAGCAUGGCCCGGUGAUGCACCUGCGGCUGGGCCAGGUCGACACCGUCGUGAUCUCCUCCCCGGCGGCGGCGCAAGAGGUGCUACGGGACAAGGACAUCUCCUUCGCGUCGCGGCCGAGCCUGCUGGCGACGUAUAUCAUGUGCUACGGUAACAUCGACGUCGCCUUCGCGCCCUACGGCGCCUACUGGCGCGCGCUGCGGAAGCUGUGCAUGCUGGAGCUGCUCAGCUCGCGCAAGGUGCGGCAGUUCGCGCCCGUCAGGGACAGCGAGACCAUGUCGCUCGUCAAGGAGAUCCGCGCCACCAGCCGAGGGGGUCAGCCGGUGAACCUUGGCAGGCUGCUCGUGCUGUGCACCAGCGCCAUCACCGGGAAGGCGACCUUCGGCGAGCGUUGCGACAGUGACCUCCGAGACAGGUUCAUGUCGGCCAUGGAGGUGGUGCAGGCUAACGGCUCGGGGUUCUGCGUGGGGGACCUCUUCCCUUCUCUGGGGUUCGUCGACGUCGCUAGCGGGAUGAGACGCCGUCUCCAGAGAGCGCACCAGCAGGUCGACACCGUAGUUGACAAGAUUAUCGCCGACGCCGAGGUACGACGAGAGGAGAAGAAGACAACGACGGCAGGAGAUGACCUUCUAAGUGUCAUGCUUCGGGUGAGGGACGAGGGGGAUAUUGGGUUCCCCAUUGGCAACACAAACAUUAAGGCAAUCAUAGUGGAUUUAUUUACGGCGGGGACAGAAACCACAUCGUCCACCGCAGAGUGGGUCAUGACAGAGCUCAUAAAAAAUCCUAAGAUGAUGAUGAAGGCACAAGCAGAGGUGCGGCAGAUGUUGGACAACAAAAGCCCACAAGACCAUGAGAACCACAUGGAGGGGCUACACUAUACGAGGAUGGUGAUCAAGGAGACCAUGAGGCUACACCCUGCGCUGCCACUCCUGCUCCCUCGUGUUUGCAGGGAAACCUGCGACGUCGGUGGCUUCGAGGUCACGGAGGGCACCAGGGUCUUUAUCAAUGUGUGGGCGGUGGGGAGGAGCCCUGAGAACUGGCACGAAGCAGAAGAGUUUAUGCCAGAGAGGUUCCAAGAUAGCGAGGUUGACUAUGACAAGGGUACGCACUACGAGUACUUGCCAUUCGGAGGCGGGAGGAGGAAAUGCCCUGGCGAUGUCUUUGCAACGGCUGCAUUGGAGCUCAUUGUGGCGCGGCUACUGUAUUACUUUGAUUGGAGCUUACCAAACGGAAUGCAACCAGACCAGUUAGACAUGGAUGUGACGGUGGGCGCCACUGCGAGGAGAACAAACCACCUGCACCUAGUGGCCUCGCCAUACAAAAUUCCGAUGGAAAAUUGAAUAUUGCAAAAGGAAUCUGGUG